AUGGAGCUGACGCCGGCCUACCUCCACACCGCCGCCGAGUCUUACAACGCUGAGAUACGCGCCGUCGACUUCGCCGAGGGUGAUACGGAGAAGAUCAGGCAGGAGAUCAACGAUUGGGCGGCGGCCACAACGAACAAUCUCAUCUCGGAGAUCCUGCCAGAGGGUUCAUUGACCGAGCUCUCGAGGUUCGUGCUCACCAACGCCAUCUACUUCAAGGGCGUGUGGGAGACCCAGUUCCCCAAGGACCUCACGGAGGACCACGAGUUCCAUCGCCUUGACGGAGCCGACCCCGUCGAAGUUCCAUUCAUGACCCUCGGAUCCGGAAAACGCAAGCUCUUCCUCUCCCAAGAAGAUGACUUCCAGGUGCUCAAGCUCCCAUACGAAGGCGAUGAGAGCGGCGGCAUGCAGUACUCAAUGUGUGUGUUUCUACCAUACGAGCGCGACGGGCUGCGUGCAAUGGUAGACGCUCUGCCAGCAGCAGACGAGUCCCUGCUCGACUACAUCCCAAAUGACCGGAGUGAAGUCCGGAAGCUUCUUCUGCCCAAGUUCAAGCUGUCAUUCUUUUGCAGCCUCACCAAAGUCCUCAAAGGCUUGGGCCUCCGGGAGGCGUUCACCGAGGAGGCCGACCUGUCCGGUCUGGUGGAGAAGCGCGUCUGCGAUGUGCGCCUGGACGACGUGUUUCACAAGGCUGUGGUCGAGGUGAAUGAGGAGGGCACCGAGGCGGCGGGCUGCACCGCCGCGAGUGGGCGCGUGAAGCAGUGUGCGAGGAAGCCCAUGGACUUCGUCGCCGAUCACCCGUUCGCGUUUUAUAUUGUGGAGGAGGUGUCCGGGGCCGUGGUCUUCGCCGGCCAUGUCCUUGACCCUUCUAGCUCACAGUAG